AUGGCGAAGGUAUUCCAGGAUUCCACAAUGAAAAGCACUUCCGGCGGCGGAGGCGGAGCCAAGUUCAGCCGGUGGCUGUCGCAGAUCAGCGACCCCCGCACCAGGCGCAACAGCGACAACAACAAUGGCGAGGAGGAGGACGGCGACGACCCCUGGGGCGACAGGCUGGGGCGACUGGACCUACAGGGUGACGUCAGGAUGGGCUUCGAGGACGAUUUCCACCUGACCCUCAUCCCCAACUUCCUGCACGACUCGGACGCCUACGUUGCUAGCCUCGAGAACAAGCUCGAACGACUUCAUCACAUCAGCCGAAAUGUCAGCCCCAAAGAGAUGCUGACACUCAUGGCGAAGGCCAGGGCAAUGCGACUCAAGAAUGCCGAGCUGAACGUUGGGCCCAACCAAAGCACCGAGGACUCCUACGAAGACUCCGACUAUGCUGGUGCCUUCAAUUUUUGGACCGCUCUGGUUGUGCCUCUUUCAAGACGUCUCUUCCCGAGGUUGCCGCUCUCCAAGGAAGAGACGCAAGGCCUGCUCAAGUACGACUUCCUCCACAUGCAAUGCGAGGACGAAGCUAAGGCGGUAGCCAUCGCCGCACCAAAUACUACGGAGAGCAGCAACCCGAGGCCAACCGAAACGCCGCAGGACACCAGCCGGGAGCCGCAGCGUAGAAAGAGCGAAGAACGGCCCAUCAUUGUGUAUGAGAGUCCCGAGGCCAAUGAGCUCCAGAUCCCAAAGGGCUGGGUGGAGGACGAGAUACAGCAGAAAAUCCAAGCGGAAACCUGCACCCUUCCAGACACCGUCGUGGCCCCAGCCAACCGCUCCGCGCUGUCGCUCAACACCAACGGCGGAACCGUCCCCCAGGAGGCAUCUACACUCACUUCCAUCACAAGCCCAAGCAGACGAAGCGAAGACGCAUUGUACCACUUCGCCCACUUCAUGUCCUCUGCGACGUCUACGAUGGAGAGCACGAGAGUCGAGUACCCGUCGGAGAGCCGCCUGCUUCUGCUGCAAGAACGCCUCUCCCGCUCGAAGUUGCCUUCAAAAGAGCGGGUCCCUUUCAUGUCCCUCUAUGGCGCUAGCAUUGCUCACAUGCAGCAAUCAUUAAAUAUGGUGGACAUGGAGAUUGCAUCGGCAAUGGCCCAGGGAAAAUCCUUUGAGAUCUUGCAGGAGCCUAAUAAUCGAGAAUGCAGAGUCAUCGUCAGCCGGUCGUCUCCUUCCCUGAAGACGGUGACGGAGCCUCAGAAGUUCCAAGCGGAAUGUCAGCCGGGUAGCAGAGCUAGGCAGUACCAUUUAGUCAAGGAGAGCCCAGGAGAGGGGGAGGGCGUGGAAAAUGAGAACCAAGAGCAGGGCUACCUCGAACAAAGACAGGAAGGACAGGAUGGACAAAGACAGGAAUGUAUGGGACAGCUAGAUUUAGAACUCAGGGAGCUACAAGAGUACAGUCCAGAAAAAAACCGCCAUGCUUGCGAGGAAAGUGGUACAGGAAAGCACGUGGGGUACCAGGAUGCAGCCCAGAACAUAAUCAUCCAUGAGUGUGUGAUCGCUUCGUCGCCACAGGAGGACGUACCAGGAGUAGAACAGUCGACGCCAGUAGUCAGAGUCAAAGAGGAAGUCGUGCUGCUGAAAUGUCAAGAGGCCCCAUCACAGGACUCGACGCUCCAGGAGGUUACUGCGGCAUCGUCAUCAUCGUGCGAGAGGUUGCCAAUGGAGCAAGGACUGUGGGCAGCUGGUUUGGAUUCGGCAGCGUUCCAGGUGCCUUCGGCAGAGGACGUGGUUCCGCACAUGUCCUCUCUGGUGAGGGCCAGCGAAGACGAGGACGAGCAGUCGUCUGUGCCGCCUGGAAGCCAGGGUGGCUACGGGCAGUCCUCAACCAUGCUUCAAACUCUUUCCAAGGCAAGCGAAAGAACCAAUGACAGUGACAGGGAGUCCGAGCGAUUCAGCCAUUACAGCGACCCCCAGAGCAACCUCCAUGGCACCGAAUCCGAAGAGACUGUCACGAAGGAAGAGGGACAGGCGCCAAUGAUACGGAUGUUUGGCUCCAUUCCUCAAGACAUCCACACCACGCUCAAGACCAGCUUUUGUUCCUGGGUCCAGCACAAACGCCUGGAAAGCCUGGAGACUGCUCGCGACGCUGUCAGUUCCACGGGCUCCCUUCCGGCAGUCGGUUUCGAAAGCACGGAGCACUCAAGACUACUCUUCAAGGUUUACGGAGAAGAGACGAAGGCAUCGUCAACAACCAGCAAGAACUCGGAGCCCAUCACGAGCAAAGCGUCUUGGCCGUUUUCCGAGGUUGAGACCAUUGUGGAGGAGCAGCCGAAGAGCGUGCUCUCUGGCAUGACGACCAAUUCCCUACUGAGCUUAAAAUCUACCGACACAGCAACAGUUGUGCCAAUGGACGAAAACAGACCUGCGGUGCAUCCUCCUGGAGCAGUUGUGGCCACGUCAUUAGCAUUCAAAAGCCGCAAGCGUUCCGUGCACUGGUUCGAGAAUUGUGUCCAAGAUGCAGACGGACAUUUUGUAGAGAGAGGCUCCGACUCCCCUAGCCCCCAGCACGAAGACAGCAAUCCAGGUACCAGAAAAAAGGCCAGCAAGAGCUUCUCGUGCGACCUCGUAGGAAAGGCCGCUGAAAUCCACAAACACGUCGAACAGGAAAUGGUUGCCGCAGAUGAGCCCCAAUUCCUAAAAGCUGAUUCUAGGAAAAUAGCGGAAUACGAAGAGCUGUCGACAGAACAUCAGGCCCCAUUGACAGUUCUGGAAGUCACCAUGACUGCUCCAGCCCCAGGUACUUAUGCAGACGAACAGAGAACCUCAUCGACACAAGACAAGUCCAAACCUUUGGCAGACAGCGGACAGGAGGAAUCCAAUGGUAAGCGUCCCAACACUGACACGACAGUGCUUCAUUGUAGUGAAAUUGUGUACCAUGGUCAUUUUUCUUUCCUCGCCGGUUCUUGCAAGACUUCGUCCACGGCGCACUCUUCGCUGAACGUCGUCCGGACAAUCCGGAUCAACGCUUCGAAGCAGUUCAACUCUUCUCUGCCGAAACGGUCUGCCACCAGCCUCGCGAAGAGUGACAGCGCUUUCAACAAGUCCUUUCUGCUGCCAAGUGCCCUGGCGACACCGAACAAGCACAAAAUAACACAAAAUCUAAUCGUCAAGUACAGAGCAGACGUGUGCAGUCCUGCUUCAAGAUCAACACCUCAGUCCAAGAUCAAAGGAAGAACCGAAUGCAGUGCUCUAUCUUUCACUCCGAGCUGUCAUCCUUCUACUAUUAUUGAACAACACGUGGAAGAAGUGCCAGAAUUACUCAAGGUAGUCAGGAAAACAGAUGAGGAGUGCUGUUCAACAGCUAUUGAGCAAAAUAUACCAACGGUAGUUGACAUGCCUCCUGGUCCCACCGCACUCGCCCAAGUUGCCAAAAGUCAAGGGUUUGUCGGAUCCAUGGCUGAAGAGGAUGCUGCAAUCAACAGAGUUGUUGCGAGAAGGGGCGCAACCAUUGAACAUAAAGUCGACUAUGCAUUAGCUGAACCCUCUUCUAAAGGAGGGAAACUGUUCACAAAUACAGAGGAAGAUCUGCUGGAAGUCAAACGUCCAGUUGAAGACCAUGGCUCAGUCACCCCAGUUAUGGAUGGUUGCAUAUCGGUGAAGGUAACUCAGCAAGACAGCAGCGAAUUCAAAACAGCAACCCAGGAGAAUGGUCCAGUCACAGCCAUUGCUAGUAACUCAAUACAAUGCACAUGUGAAGGUCAUGCCCUAGAUAAGCUAGUUGCUGAAGCUUGCAAAUUAAGUAUGGUAACUCAAGAUAACAAUAGGUCCAAAACACCUGCCAAAAACGACAAGUUUGCAACAUAUACUGCUGCGAAUUCACCGCCAUCUCCUGCCAAGGAUGCUGCACCAGUCACACCAGCUGCUGAAAGUUUGAGAGCAAUGUUAGCUCAAGACAAUGAUGAGUACGGAAUAACUGCUGAAAGGAGCAACUCAGUUGCACCCAUGGCUUCUAAUCUUAUAGGUCCUCUGACUGGAAAGGGCUACCCCUUCCAAUCUCCAUCAUACAAUCUCACCCCACUCAUUUCCACUGGAGAAAACUAUGUUUCAAAUGCACUAACUGAUGGAGGCUGCACAGCAAGAAUCUCCACUGCAGGUUGCAUAGCUCAAACUGCUAUGGCUUCAAGAGAGAACAUGUUUGGCAAACUGACUAACAAAAGUAAGGAAGCCGAAGGAGCCUCCAGUGAGAAAGACAUAGCUAAGUCAGCUCCUGUGGAGCGAGGAACAGUGUCACUGGGUGCCAGUAAUGAUGCCGUAGACACAUCCGAUUGCUGCUGCAAGCAACUGCUUGUUGCAAGACUGCACAGAGCUUCCCUAGUUGCCGAUGCUUUAGCUAAACAUGCUGCCGGACGGCGAGCUUCAACUAUAUCAGCUAAUACUGACUUAAGCAUAGCCGCAUUAGAAACCCGAGAGCGAGCCACAGAUAGAUUAGCAGUUCCCAAACAAAAGAUACCCCUGUCAGCUACUGAAAAAUCUACUCAAACUAUGACCGAAGUCGAAAUUGGCACAUUCAGUUCAGCCGAGACAGAUCUCAGCGUACAACAAGAGCUUGGCAGGAGCUCAGUGGAAGAGAGCACUGCAGUAGUCACUGAAGAUUCGGGCGGUAAUGCAAUUAUUGUAGGGCAAAGUGUACUCUGGACCAAUGGCGAAGGCACUGCGGCACGCGUAGAAAACAAUGACAAGCAAGAAAGAGGCACUCUGUGCGUUCACCUUCGGCCUGGCCCCCUGUUGUCUAGAAGCGAUCUUCAUGAGGGCAGAUCAGGCUCCCUGCCUCGACGUCCCAGCAAUCUGAGUGCAUACGAAAUCCUCUACAACCAAUCCGUAUCCGACAUUAGCCAGUGACACCCCGUGAAAGGGGCCGAUUGGUCACACUGGGACUACUCAAUAUAUAAAGCAAAGGUUUUGCCAGAA